GAAAACAGACCAAUAGCGACUUGCUCGGAGCCAUAAUUGAAAAGUGGCGCUUUUUUCACAGAAUUCCAAACUGUUCUGUUAAAAAUUCACAACCUCUGAAAGAAUUUGUUGGUCGCUGCCAAACUAUGCCAUCACGAGUGAAGAAAUCAUUUUGCGGAUGUCUCCAAGAUGACGAGCCACCGGAAAUCACGUAUUGCGUUGUGGAACACACGGGUACGCUCACGCUACAAGCAAUGACACCAACCUUGCCAAUGCCAGCAGAGGAGGAGCUGAAUAAAAUGUUUCUCGAACUUGUCGAUGAGUUGGACUUAACUCAAACCAAUCGACAAGCAGUUUUAGCACUUCCAGCUAAUAAAAAGUGGCAAAUAUAUUGCUCCAGGAAAGGUAAUGACACAUUAGACAACGGAGGCUUGCGCACCACUGACCUUAGCGGCGAUCCCGAAGAUUAUAUCAAUAGAUUGAAAACGAUAGCGAAUAAUCCUUUCCCGGAAGAAGAUGAAGAGGUAUCAAAUCAAAUGCGUCAAGCAGAAGCUCUAAAGACUGCCCUGAGGACGCAGCCGCAUAGCUUUGUUCUCAGAUUUAUAGAAUUAGAUGGUUUAAAUGCUUUAUUACAAGUUCUAGAGACUAUGGAUAUUGAAGCAGCUAAUAGUAAUAUCAACACCAGUGUUAUAGGAUGUUUAAAGGCUUUAAUGAAUAAUUCGAAUGGUAGAGCACAUGUGUUAGCGCAUCCGACGGCAAUCAACACAAUAUCACAAUCACUUGCUUCUGAGAAUAUAAAAACAAAAAUCUCUGUCCUAGAAAUUCUCGGUGCAGUUUGUCUAGUGCCAGGCGGUCACCGCAAAGUUUUAGAAGCCAUGUUGCACUUCCAACGAUAUCAUUCCGAAAGAACGCGCUUCCAAUGUAUAAUUAAUGAUCUUGACAAAAAUUUUGGCAUCUAUAAAGACAAUUUAUCCCUGAAAACAGCGAUCAUGUCAUUCAUCAACGCCGUGCUAAAUUAUGGACCUGGCCAAGUAACAUUGGAGUUUAGGCUGCACUUACGAUAUGAGUUACUGAUGCUCGGCAUCCAACCUAUUAUCGAGAAAUUAAGAAAAUACGAAAAUGAGACACUCGAUAGGCAUCUUGAUUUUUUUGAGAUGGUACGAAAUGAAGAUGAGAAAGAGCUCGCCAGAAAGUUCGAAAAGGAACAUGUGGACACUAAAAGUGCUAGCGCCAUGUUUGAUCUUUUGCGACGAAAACUCAGCCAUACUGCUGCUUAUCCUCAUCUUCUUAGUUUACUUGAACAUUGUCUUUUAUUGCCACUGGAUUACGGUUCGCAUCCUCAACAUUGGUUAUUAUUCGAUCGAAUUGUUCAGCAAAUUGUUUUACAGUCUGAAAGCAACGAGGGGUUAGUAAGAAAUUCCGAUGUGGCUCCAAUAGAUAUAAAUGUGAAAGAAAUUGUUCAUCUUCUCGCCAAAGAGGAGGAACUUGUGGCAGCAAGAAAAAAGGCUGAGGAGAUGGAACGCGAAAAUUUGGACAUAUCUACAAAAUUGGCUAAAAAGGAGCAAGAAUUAGAUUUGAGAACUCAAGAAAAAGAAGAUAUGGAAGCAAGUUUAGCAAGGAUCAAAGAACGUCUUGAAAAAGAGACAUCGAUGCACAUAGAGACAAAACAAAAAAUUUCUGAAUUGCAAGAUAACCUUGAGAUAUUAUCGCGACAAGUUAACAACGAAAAAUCAGAAAGGAAACGUCUAGAACAAUUAGUAGCUUCAGGAAGUUUGCCAGACGAUGCAAAAGCUACUUUAAAAAUUGUGGAAGAUGAAGUACUCGAGAAGGUUGAGACCAAACCUACUCCGCCACCACCGCCACCUCCCCCAUUAGCACCUCCGCCACCUCCUUGUUUAAUGCCGGCUGCUCCUCCGCCUAUGAAGAUGGAGAUAAUAAAGAAUGUUCCACAGCCGAGUAAUCCUUUGAAGUCAUUUAACUGGUCCAAAAUACCUGAGCAGAAAUUACAAGGCACGAUAUGGUCAGAAUUGGACGAUUCGAAACUCUAUAACGUAAUGGACCUCGAGUCGAUUGAUAAAAUCUUUUGCGCUUAUCAAAAAAAUGGCGUUUCUACGGAAGGCUCAAUAGAGGAUUUGAGAACAUUAGGAAAGAAUAAGAAGACAAUGUCGGUAAUAGAUUCGAGAAGAGCGCAGAAUUGCACUAUAUUAUUGUCAAAAUUGAAAAUGUCUGAUAAUGAAAUUACUAGAACGAUAUUAUCGAUGGAUCAGCAGAAUAUUUUGCACAUCGAUAUGGUGGAACAGUUGCUAAAGUACAUACCAUCCUCGGAAGAGGCUGCCUUGUUAGAUAUCCAUCAAAAAGAAUUGCAGAACAGGGCUGACUGUUUUUUAUAUCAAAUAUCAAAGGUGCCUCAUUAUGAACAGAGAUUGCGUUCUCUUCAUUACAAAAAGAAAUUCGCAGCUAGCAUUGCGGAAUUGACACCGAGGAUGCGAGCAGUUUUAGAAGCGAGCCGACAAGUAGCCAGAUCAAGGAGACUCAGAAAACUUUUAGAAUUAGUUUUAGCAUUGGGAAAUUACGUGAAUCGUGGAAACGCGCGGGGUAACGCGUGCGGCUUCCGAUUAGCUUCUUUGAAUCGUCUAGUCGAUACAAAAUCUUCUUGUUCCAAGGGUACAACUUUACUACAUUACCUUGUACAAAUUCUUGAAGCCAGAUUUAAAGAAGUCCUAGAAAUCGAAGAAGACAUGCCGCAUGUUAAAACGGCUGCUAAAGUUAGUAUGGCCGAUUUGCAGAAAGAAGUGGCCAACUUGAAAAACGGACUGCAGGAUGUUCAAAGAGAAAUAGAAUUUCAUCGAGGUCAAUCUCAGGUGCUUCAAGGAGAUAUGUUUUUACCAGCAAUGAGAGACUUCCAGGCGCAAGCCACAUGUAGAUUAGCAGAGGCCGAAGACUUAUUUCAAGACAUGAAAACUAGAUUUGAUCGAGCAGUGAGACUAUUUGGUGAAGAUUCGGCUGGUGUUCAACCAGAUGAAUUCUUUGGCAUUUUUGAAAACUUUUUACAAGCCUUAGCUGAAGCAAGACAAGAUGUAGAAAAUAUGAGAAAGAAAAUCGAAGAAGAGGAACGUAGAGCAAAACAAGAACAGGAACUCCGAAAGAGAACGAUAGAGAGGAAGAACUCGCGAGAGGGUAUAUUAAAUAGCAUAUCUUUAAAUAAGAAGAAUGAAGUAAAUAGUAAUGGACAACAGAAUGAUAACAAAGGCGAAUUCGACGACUUGAUAUCUGCUCUUCGAACUGGUGAUGUGUUCGGCGAAGAUAUCGCUAAAUUCAAAAGGUCAAAACGAAGACCUGUUACACCUAGCAAUCAAGAAUCACGUAGGCAUAGUACUCACAAGGAAGAUUCCCGAGAACGUCACUAAAACUCCAAUAGGAUCAAACAGAUCAUUUGUCAGGAUAUAAGUUUUUCACAUACAAAAGAAUUUAUUUAUUAAGAAUUUUACAUAUCGUGUUUCAAUAGCACAUUACACAUUAUAGGGGUGAUCUAAUUACAAAUAUAAAUAACAUUCCAUAAAAUAACUAAAACAAAAUUAAUCUGAGCUAAUGAGA